AUGCAGGGCAGCUUCGACCUGUACGCAGUGCAGUUGAAGACCUUCCUGACAAGAUUGAAUUUGUGGUGUGUUGUGGAGAACGAGGCUGCGGUUCGUGCAAGUGUGAGUGCCGAUCAGUUUGCAAUGAUGGAUAAUAUAGCUCGUGGGGCCAUUUUGCAUGGUGUUCCAACUGCAGAUGCAGAGCUUAUCUGUCAUGAGUCGAGCGCUCAGGGGAUGUGGACUUCCUUUGUCAAUAAGCAGACGAAGAGGGAGUAUGCCAACUACAUCUUCGCGCGACAGCGGCUAUAUGCCAACAAGUAUUCUCAGGAGCAAAAUAUGAAUGAGUGGCUGCGUGAAAUGCAACUUCUACGCAACGAAUUGCUGUAUUACAAGAAGGUGAUCUCGGAUGAAGAAUUUGCAGAGAUCCUGUUAAGUAAUGUCGCGCAGACUCACCGAGAAGUUGUUCGGCAAUUCUCCAAACAUUACGACCCUGGGUAUCAGCGGUCGGCACCGUCCUCCGCUCAAGUGAUGAACACGCUUCGCGCAGAGUCGGAACUCGACGCGAGAAGUGAUGAGCGACCCCAUGACCAGAAUAUCUCCUCCGCGCAAGCUGGCAAAAAGGGUUCGACCAAGCAGCAAGGCCAACAGCCAGGCAAAGGAAAGAGGCGUGCUCGAGGCAAAUACAAGGCCAAGGGCAGUCAGAGUCGAGGUGCAUCUGGAGGAAAAUACGGCGGAAACCGAAAUGAUGAUGGCGACACACGUGAGUGCUGGAAGUGUCAUCAGACUGGU